AUGUCAGCUCCAUCCAUCCCCAACUUGCUCUCACUCCGGGGCAGAGGCGGGGGCCGGGGCCGAAGCCGUGGCCGGGGGCAAAGACUUGGAGGCUCUAGCGGCGGUGGUGGCUCCGAAGCUCGUGGCAAGGCUCAUGAUGCUACGAUCCAAGGCACCGACACCGAUGCGGCCGUAUCGAGGCUGAGUGCUGUCGAAAUGGGCUAUCUGAGUGACCCAUAUGCGCGGUAUUUCGUGUCCAGCUUGGGGGGGCCUCCGGCGAGACGGUUUCCCAUUAUCAAUCGAGGAACAUACACACGUACAGCAGCUAUAGAUCAUCUAGUCCAGUCGUUCCUCUCCGGGUUUACUGAAAAGACAGGAGGACAAGCCCCGGCUACGACGCAAAUUGUUUCUCUAGGUGCUGGCACCGAUACAAGGCCAUUUAGACUCUUUGGCCAGCAGCAUCAGGGGCAGCCGAAUCUUAUCUACCACGAAAUUGAUUUCUCAGUCAUUAGCGCUAAGAAGCUCAAGACAGUUGAAGCAGUGCCGUCAUUGGCAAGCAUCUUAACCAAUCGGUCCACAGGCGACACGGGCAACUGGUCAAGCAAGCCAUCAAAUGGAGAGUAUUACUGCCACGGGCUCGAUAUUCGGCAGUUAUCACCCACCUCUACGGAGACGCUGCCAGGACUUCGCACUGAUGUUCCCACUCUCAUCUUAUCAGAGUGUUGCCUCUGCUAUCUUCCACGAGAACAAUCCGAUGGAGUGCUUGAAUACCUUACUUCCCGAAUACCCAAUGCAGCAGUCGUCAUCUACGAGCCAAUCCAUCUUGGGGAUCCUUUUAGCGAUACCAUGGUGUCGAAUUUGGCAGCAAGGAACAUUCACAUGCCCAGCCUUGAGCGGCGCAGGAACGAAGCAGACGAAGCAGCUCGGCUUAAGAGGAUAGGAUUUGAGACUACCCGUCAAUUGACAAUUGAUCGCAUAUGGACUAAAUGGGUGGGUGCUGAGGAGAAGGAGAGAGUUGACAGACUCGAAGGGCUCGAUGAAGUUGAAGAGUGGCAGCUACUUGCGGGACAUUACAUGAUUAUUUGGAGUUUCAGGGGAGAAGGGUUUGAGGGAUGGAGAGCCAUUGAGUAG